GUCUGUCAAAAGAAGAAAAACAAAAACAUUCUUUCCCGGAUAGUUUGUUUUCGGAAAAAAAACCGAAAAAAAAAAAUGUCCAAUCGGAUUUAUUGAUUAUCGCCCCCUUCGGCUGCAGCAGGGCAGUGAUUUUUCUUAUUACUGGGCGGGAAAAUGCCUCGCGUAAAGGCCUCACCAAAGAAGUGCGUAAAGUCGAAUUUACAAAAUCCUACCAACUCGUGGGUAUUUUUGCUCAAAGGUGAAACUCUAGAACUUUCUGAUCAAUAUACGGGCAGCGGGACUCCAGAUAUUGUCACUCUGAGACACCCCAAUACUGGAGAAUCUGCUGUUUUUUUGUUUUCGCCCGCCAAUAAUUCGGUGCAAGAAGUGCUGACUCUGAACGAGGCCAAGCGGAGCUGGUUCAUCGACGAAUCGGUCAAAAGCGAUGGGAAAAUGAAACUUUCUACACCGAUUGAUCCAAUAUUUUUAGUGUUGCCAUAUCUACGCAAAUAUUGCACCACCUACGCUCAACCGCUCCAGCAAUUAUUGAUAGACGACGAAUUUCCCGAAACCGAACGCCUACUCAAAUCCAGCGGUCUCACUUACCUCACCAUGAUCGCCGAUCGCCGGGGCGACGAAGAUUUGAACGCCUUCAAAUACAAUGAAGAAAAAACGUUAAAUUGGCUAAAAAAGAAAACCGAACGGGUGGCCGAUAUAUUGAAGCAAAAAAACAUUCAUGUCAGUAACGCAGGAGCAAUAUCGAGUAAUUUUGUCAAAUCUUCAAAAUCCGAUUCAGAUCCAGAGACUUAUCUGCGCUACGCACAUGGAAUAGUCUCAGAAUAUCUAAUGGAUGAUCUGAGUCUGAAACUAGCGAAAUUCCUUAAUCUGCCUGAUGAGUCGCUGCAGCAAACGCUGAAGCGAAAAAGCACUCAGAGCGCUCCGGGGCAAGAAGCGAAAAAACCGAAAACCGAAGACGAAAAUAAAAGUUCGUCCAGUAACGUGCUGGACUUGAGUAAACCGGAAACCAAGAAGAUUUCGGCUAAAGAUAAGGCUCGAGCCAAAGCCGCUAGCGGCAGCAAAAGUAUUAGUUCGUUUUUCAAGAAAAGUUAGGCAAAAAAAUCUUUAGGUCAAUUAGUUUUAAGUUUUAAAAGACAAAUGACAGUGUCACAGGUUUGCCAACUUAAUUUUUAUUUUUUUUUUAAUAUUCAUAGACAGGUUAUUUUGCGCCUUUUAUAAUCUAGUCACAAUUCGAAAUCUGAGCUAGAAGUAAGAUUUGUCACCGUUUAGUUGGUGGUUGAUAGGGAUUUUAUUUUUAUUAUCUAAACAUUUUGAAGUAUGACACAUGUAUAACCUCACAAAAGACAUAUUAAAAGGUUUACCAACUCAUGCAGGUAAUAAAAAUAAAAUAACUAUAAACUACCAACUAAAAGGUGAUAAAUCUCAACUUGAGUUCGGACUUCAGAUUGUGAAUAGAGGAUAUACACUAUACUUGGUUUAAUAGAUCUACGGAGUAAACAUGGCGGCCCGGUUUACACUGCAAAACUAUUUCACAAUUUUACAAAACGUCACUCUACAGUGUAAAUUGACCAAUAGUAACAAACCUCUUGUGAAAGGUACGUUAUUUGUUUACUCUAUAGUAGGUUGGAUGGACUUUAGAGUAUGUGAAUGAAAAAUCUGCCAAUUAAUGAUAAUAUUUCUUCAUUAAGAUUAUUUUUUAUUGUUGUAUUUUUUGUGGUUAAAUGUGUAAGAAUUUACUUAAGCCGAGUAAAAGAUGCGUUGCUAUAGAAGA